AUGGACGGCGGCGGCGUGCGGCCAGCGCUCCAGCCCGCGGCGGCCGGAGGAGGGGCGUCGGGCAGCCCGGACGAGCCCCGCGACGCGCGCGUGGUGCGGGAGCUCCUCCGCUCCAUGGGGCUCGGCGAGGGCGAGUACGAGCCGCGCGUCGUGCACCAGUUCCUCGACCUCGCCUACCGCUACGCCGGGGACGUGCUCGGCGACGCCCAGGUCUACGCCGACCACGCCGGCAAGCCCCAGCUCGACGCCGACGACGUCCGCCUCGCCAUCCAGGCCAAGGUCAACUUCUCCUUCUCCCAGCCGCCGCCCCGCGAGGUUCUACUCGAGCUGGCACGCAGCCGGAACAAAAUCCCGCUGCCCAAGUCCAUUGCUCCACCCGGCUCCAUUCCUCUGCCACCUGAACAGGACACCUUGCUGAGCCAGAACUACCAGCUCCUACCUGCAUUGAAGCCGCCAACUCAGACCGAGGAAGCAGAAGAUGAGGAAGAGGGCGCCAACGCAGACGGUGCCAGCCCUAACCCAAACUCCUCGCAGGAUCAGAGGGGCAACGAGCAGCAGCAGCAGCAGCCUCAGAGCCAGAGCCAGGGCCAGAGGGUUUCUUUCCAGCUGAACGCCGUGGCCGCCGCAGCUGCAAAGCGUCCCCGAAUGACGAUUGAUCAGCUGAACAUGGGCUGA